AUGCCAGCCCGUUAUGUUCAAGUAGCAAAAGCUCUCUUCGGUGGAAGUAGUCUUAUCAGUGACGAAAAGGGAAAUGUUUCUGUUUCUCCAAAAGCUGCUGAAAAAGUCAACAAGGAAGCUCAUAAAUAUCUUCCAACUUGGUCCAGAUCUGAAAAUUAUGAACCAUACGAAUUCAUUGAGUAUCAUGAUGCUGCUCUCAGAGCAAAUAAGGACUUGGUGAACUUGUUCCCAGAAGGUGGUGAUUAUGAAACCAACAACAUUUCUCCAAAGUUAGGUACUGAAAUCAAGGGUAUCCAAUUAUCUAAUCUUAGCAACGAAGCUAAAGAUGAAUUGGCUUUGUUGGCUGCUCAAAGAGGUGUUUUGGUAUUCCGAGACCAAGAUUUCCUUGAAAAAGGUCCUGAAUUUAUCUCCAAUUACGUUAGCUACUAUGGUACACCACAUAUUCAUCCAACUUCAGGUUCACCAAAAGGGGUUUCUGAUAUUCAUGUUGUUUUAAGUGGUAAUACAGAAGAAGAUCCAUUUGUUAACAGAAACAAUCUUGUUGGUUUCCACUCAGAUGUUUCUUAUGAAUUAAACCCAACUUCACUCUCUUUCCUUUCUGCUACCAACAUUCCAAAAUCUGGUGGUGGUGACACUGUUUUUGCUAGUACUACUGAAGCUUACAACCGUUUGUCCCCAUUGUUUAGAGAAAAAUUAGAAGGCUUGAAAGCUGUCCACAGUGCAGUUGAUCAAGCUAAUCUUGCUGUCUUUAAAAAAGGUGUAGUUAAGAGACACCCGGUUGAAAAUGUUCAUCCAGUUAUUAGAACCACUCCAUUGGGACAAAAGGUUUUGUAUGUUAACAAUGGUUUUACCAAAAGAAUUGAAGGUUUGAAGGAAGAAGAGUCGGCUGUAUUGUUGAAAUUUUUGCUUGACCACAUUUGGAAAGGUCAUGACUUUCAAAUCAGAGCUCAUUGGGAACCAAACACCGUUGUUAUCUUUGAUAACAGAGUUGUUGCCCAUUCCGCUAUUCUUGACUUUGAUACUACUGACUCAAGAUUAAUUAUUCGUUCUUCUGCCAGAGGUGAAAGACCUGUUGCGGAUUUGAAGGAUUUAAAUAAACCAGAUGAAAAUUUGAUUUAUCAUGGUCCUGAAUACUUGGGCGACAGAUUGGAAUCGUUGGCUAUUUAA